UAAAAGUAUAUAUAAAAGUUUUGAUAUUAUUUUCAUUCAUUGAUUGCAGCGAAAGACUUGUUAAAAGAAAGUAUCUGUAAAAUGAAAGGAAUCUUAAUAUCAGUGAAUAUAUUAAUUGCAAUAAUAGUGACAUUAUUUGGCAAAUCUAGUGCCGAGUGUUUAUGUAAUGUCAGACUUCGGGGCGAAUAUUGCGGAUCAGAAUUGAAUCGAAGGAAUGGUAACAAUGACUGCGAGAAAAGUAUCUAUUUUUGCGGUCGAAAUAAUCGCAACAAAACUGCAGUACUUUUGACCAAAUGUGACGACGAGUCGGAAUGCGAUCAAAAUCAGUCCCGAUUAACAUCAAGACUCAAAAGAAGGAACGCAUGUCUGCGCAAACUUCAGUGUAAUUGUGGUGAAGGCAUGAGUCGGGGCCCCCAUUGCGGCAAUCAAUUGGUUGGCGACGGCUGUCCCGCAAAUAUGCUCUUCAUUUGUCGGUUUAAUAGCAAUGCUGUCAGCGCUCGGGAAGUGUGUGUCGAUGGCUGUAAUGAUGGCAAAUGUGUGAACAGCGCUGAUAGUAGUGGAGCCGAAACACCCGAUGACACCAAUAACGAAGAAGAAUCAGAUAAAGAGCCA